AAUUUAAGUCAAAGCGUACUUUUACCCGAAGUGACCGAAGAGGGUUGCAGAGUGAGUUUAUCCAGAUUCUGUGAUGACGUUACACUGACUGCUGACCUACUUAUACGCUUCACCAAAUUUAUUGUUAAUAUAUGUGAAUAUGCCAUUGCCCAUGACUACCCAAAUGGAUUUGUAAUUAUUUUGGAUCACAGCUUCAUUAAUCUAUUAGAAUUAUUAGCAUUUGCUACUCGGAAUUUUACUCUACUUCAGCACUGUAUAACAAUCAUAUUGGAAGGUUACGGUAUGCGUGUAAAGGCUAUCCACGUAGUAACUCCAUCAAAAGCGGCGGACGCCUUAGUAACGUUUUUGAAAUCACUGCUUACCGCAAAAGUGGCUGGUCGCAUACACGUACACAGAGACGUGGAAACCUUAUUUGCCCAUGUCCCUAAAAAUAUGUUGCCUGUUGAGUUGGGUGGCGAAGCUCCAUCUCUGACUGAAAUGCAAGGUAAGAAUUUAGCAGUAACAUUUUCUUCAGGCGCUUACAUUCUUUGUGCUAAAGAGCACAAAGAAUGGAUGAAAGAUGCUCAAUGCGCCACUAUCAACGAGUCUAAGAAGCCGAAAGACUUCCACAAUGACUUCAUCGGUAUGCCAGGAUCGUUCAGGACUUUGAACGUUGAUUAAUAAA